AGCCCCGCCCCCUGCGUCACGCGCUUGACGUUGAGCCUCUUUUCCUUUUCAGUCUCGCGGAUCUCCAUUUUCUUCUUUGGCGACAGCUUGAAGCAGAAAGACUGAAAGCUUUGAAAAUGAAUGAAGAAUACGACGUCAUCGUCCUGGGCACCGGGCUCACGGAAUGCAUUUUAUCAGGCAUCAUGUCAGUAAAGGGGAAGAAGGUUCUUCACAUGGACCGUAACUCGUACUAUGGAGCUGAGAGCGCCUCCAUCACACCGCUGGAAGAUCUCUACAAGCGCUUCAACCUCCCUGGCACCCCCCCUGAUUCCAUGGGAAAAGGACGAGACUGGAAUGUGGACCUGGUCCCAAAGUUCCUCAUGGCCAACGGUCAGCUGGUCCGCAUGCUGCUGAUCACACAGGUGACUCGCUACCUGGAUUUCAAGGUGAUUGAAGGCAGUUACGUCUACAAGGGAGGGAAAAUCUAUAAAGUUCCCUCCACUGAGACUGAGGCUCUGGCUUCCAGCCUGAUGGGUUUGUUUGAGAAGCGACGCUUCCGGAAGUUCUUGGUCUUUGUCGCCAACUUUGACGAAAACGACCCGAAAACCAUGGAAGGCGUUGAUCCCAAGAAAACCCCGAUGAGGGCCAUUUUCCAGAAGUUCAGCCUGGGACAGGAAGUGAUUGACUUCACCGGUCACUCCCUGGCGCUCUACCGCACUGAUGAGUAUCUGGAUCAGCCGUGCAUCGAAACCAUCAACAGAAUAAAGCUUUACAGCGAGUCUCUGGCCAGAUACGGCAAGAGUCCGUACCUCUACCCUCUGUACGGGCUGGGAGAGCUGCCGCAGGGCUUCGCCAGGUUGAGCGCCAUCUUUGGCGGGACGUACAUGUUGAACAAGCCCAUCGAGGAAAUAGUGACGGAGAACGGGAAGGUGGUGGGAGUGAAGUCUGAGGGAGAGAUUGCAAGAUGCAAGCAGCUGAUCUGUGACCCCAGCUAUGUGAUGGACCGUGUGAAAAAGGUUGGUCAGGUGAUCAGAGUCAUCUGCAUCCUGAGUCACCCCAUCGCCAACACUGGAGACAUCAACUCCUGCCAAAUCAUCAUCCCACAGAAUCAGGUCAACAGGAAACACGACAUCUACGUUUGUAUGAUCUCUUUUGCUCACAAUGUGGCUGCGGGGGGUAAAUACAUCGCAAUCGCGAGCACCACCGUGGAGACCAGCUUCCCUGAAAAUGAAAUCAAGCCGGCCCUGGAUCUUCUGGAGCCCAUCGAGCAGAAGUUCGUCAGCAUCAGUGACCUGUAUGAGCCCACCGACCUGGGCACUGAGAGCCAGAUCUUCAUCUCCCGCUCAUAUGAUGCCACAACUCACUUUGAGACCACCUGCGACGACAUCAAGGACAUCUACAAGCGAAUGACUGGUUCAGACUUUGACUUUGCUGAAAUGGAGCGCAGGAAGCAGGACAUCUUCGGCGACGCUGCCGAGUAGACGCCACACAUCCACAGUCCUCCACAUUAUGAAAGACGGCUCUGAUUGGAUUCUUUAAAAUGACAAAAAACCCAAAUAGAUAAACUACAGAAACCAGUAGCCCUGGGUGGGUUAGGGUCAGCCCAGUUUAUGAUCCUUAGAAAGAUGAAAGGUUCAGAAAGGGAGCUUCGCUUUUUCACUUCUCAUUCAGGUGGAUGUUGCACUAAAUACAGUUUAUGUCUAAUAGUACUUUUCUCUUCUGAGUCAUCAUGUUUAGAUAAAGCAUUAUCCAAAGACCCCAAAUACUCAAAUAAAAAUCAUCAGUAUCUUUAAAAA